UGCGUAAUGUCAAUGUUCAACAUCCUGUCCACGUGUCCCGGAAAACAAGUUGAUUUGUUGUCUAUGUAAGAAGAAAAUAAGCCAUGGAGGCGAAGGACCUUUACAUCAAACCAGGUAAUCAGGAGCGGGGCUGGAAUGACCCUCCACAGUUUUCCUAUGGUUUGCAGACAGCAGCACAAGGUGCACCCAAGAGGACCCCUCUCAACAAGAGAGUGCCUCCACCUCAACUCACAGGAUCCCCUUGUCCUGUCCCAGGAGAUUUUCCUUCCCUAACAGCUCCAAUGACUCCACCUACCAACCCACUGGCCCCUCCAUGUAGUAUGAACACGCCCCCUCGUCCAUGUCCUGUCGCAGCCCCUCCUCUUGCUGGGGUGAUGAUGAUGGCCACACCUCCACCACCUUUCCCUGUGGUAGAGCACACAGACUCUGCCAGUAGCCAAUCAGAAAAUGAGCCAGAUGUAGACGAUGUAGUCACUCUUCUCAACUGGGCACUGACAGCUUGUAGACACACAGUCAAAAAACAGGUGUGUAAUGAUGUGGCAAAGCGUCUGAAGCUCUUUGAGGACAUGUGGAAGUCUGGGAAGCUGUCACUUCCUGUUAGGAGAAGAAUGAAUGGACUGGUGCAAGAGUUGAAGAGUUGUAACUGGGACGCUGCUGAUGAGAUCCACCGGGCUCUGAUAGUGGACCAUGUUAACGAGGUCGGUCAGUGGAUGGUGGGGGUCAAGCGUCUCAUCGCUGAAACACGCAACUUAAACCCAGACCUCCUGCACACACAGGAAGUAGACCAGAGUCUAGACACCAGCAGCACUGGUAACUCUGACUAGAUCAAUAAUGACACUUUUGGAACUUUUCUAUUAGGUUGUGGAACCAUGAGGACUCUCGGUCGUCCAUGUGAAAAGCCAUUGAAAUUCAACUUUUAGGCUUCCUCUCUCUUUUGCUUUCCUAUGUGGAGAUUCCACAUAUUUUGACAUGGUUUUCCUGUAAUUAUUCAAUAUGCAUAUACAUUUUUUGGGACUUUUUUUAAUGAAUUGCAUUUGAUUGCAGUGUAUUGCUUUUACCGAGCUCCACCAAUUCUGACAAUACAAAGAUGCCUUUAUCCCUGUUUUAUGUCGAUUUGUUUACGUUUGAUACAGCCUUUCCCCUAUUGUGUCCUGUUUGGUUAAAGUGCUUAUAUCAGAAGUGUCAGUAAUGGAACAUUUUAUUUGGAUCGUUCUCUCUUCAAAAUACUCUAUAACCUCCCUUGGACAGCCUUGUAAACAGUAUUUUACUGGAGCUAAGAUUGCUUUAAUUGUACACAAGGUCCAAUGUAUUUUUCCUGGUUUAGCUUAGUUUUCAAUGACUUAUCAUCCCCCAUGUACAUAAUCAUAAGAGCAAUAAGAAUGUUUUAAAGACUGGUCUGCUUCUGUUGACGGUGGCAUUGCAUUACAUGUGUGUCAUACACGAUGAGACCAAAUAAAGCUGAUUUGUGGUGGAAGUAUUCCAUAAAAAAAUGUUUAAUAUAUAUAUAUAAUGUAUUUUUACAUGGCAGUAGGUUCAUGUCAUGAACUGUUAUUUAUAUCGGUUCUGUAGUUAGGCAAUGAGGAUGUGCCAUUCUUCCAGAUUUUCUGACUUGUCUACCUCCGUGGACACAGAUGCAAGGAGAAGCCACCACAAGGUGGCGUCUUAAAGCUUGACUUUUCACUGAUGACAGUGUUGUGGCUAUGAUAACUAGAGAAACUUGGGCACUUUAUAGGAAGGGUUACACAAGAUUUUAUGCCUUAAAUUUUAUAGCGCUAGAGGACUAGCCACCAUGAAUGAGGCGUGGCUUUGUUUUGAUCGUCCAAGGGUUGUGACAACAACACUGUUUUAUUGUUGCUAAGUGAGACCGUAAUUGAUGUGAACUCAUUAUGGAUAAUGUCAUGAUCACAUUAUCCAUUAUUGUCCCAGUCUACCCAUAAAAGAUUAGAUCAUGUUGGAAUAAAGUUUGAAUGUUUCCAAUUAAGUCA